AGAGAAAUUCAAAUAAAGAGCCAACCCUAGCCACCCAUUAUCUUCCCUCUCUCUCACCGCUGUCUCUGAGUCUCUCUCUCUACACGCCUCUCACUGGAAAUUCCUCUCUUUAAUCUUUAUGAGUUUUCACGCGGAUAUCUCUGCUAAUUUAAGGCUGUUUUGAACUGAAGGGGAGAUCGAUUGACGACGAUUUCGACACCUCAAAUCUUUAAUCACUGCUUUAAAAUUUCAAUUGUUGGAUUGAUUAUUUGGGAAAAAAAGGGGAUAUAAGUCAGUUAAGGGAUUCGAAUAGAAGAGUGACACAAAUAUGGGAAAAGUGUCUCCUAAAGAUAGGGAUUUAAAGACAGCUAAAAAGAACAGGCGAUUGAAGAGUUCGAGCAGUAAGUAUCUCAAACCAGGUACUCUUGCUCAGCUUCGGCAUAGUAAAGUUUCAGCUGCCAGGUUGUGUACCGAUCUUGGGAAGAAAAGGGUGGCUGUAUUAAGUUCCAAGAAAAAGGAGGAUGAUAAUCUUUUGAUCGAAAAUAUGGUUGCUGAGAAAAUCCCUUUGAUGUUAUCGCCCAUGGAUUUGCAUAAGCAGAGUAGUAUGACGCGGACUCCAAAGACACCUCGGCCUGAAGACUUCGAAUCAGAGUCAAGGCUUGAGUCUCUUCCAAUGGAUUUACUGGUUAAAAUACUUUGUCACUUGCAUCACGACCAACUGAGGGCAGUUUUUCAUGUUUCUCAAAGGAUAAGAAGAGCUGUUUGUCUUGCAAGGCAAUUUCAUUUCAAUUAUACAACACCUGACCGCUCAAGACAGGAGAUGCUGAGCACUAUGACACCUAGGGUGACAGAACACUGGCCCUUUCUGAGCAAGGGUGAUGGCAAAAGUAAUUUGAUGGGAAGCCCACACACCCCGAAAGCUCCAAGGCAGGGUCCGCGACCCCCUUCUCGCAUUAAAGUAACUGAGUUGAGGCAAAUUGCUGCAGUGCUAUUCCAGGAUUCAGGAUUCCCAUCGAGAUGCAUGGUGCCAUCUGUUCUCCCUAAGCCAUUAUGCAAAUCUUUGGCUUCAAACCGAGUGCUAUUCUAUGAGGAUGAGUUAUGCCAGGCUGUUGCUCAGAAUAAGCUUCGCUGAUUCUUCUGUGUUACUCUCAUAUGCGUUGGUUCCUCUGUGUAUAGUUUAUUUGUCUUCCUAUAGGAGAUUGUAGUUAGAUUAGAUAAGUAUCAAGUAUGCAAUUUUGUAGCUUUGCAUGGGCAGUAUUAGGUUAUAAGAAGUUUGUUUAUGAAUGUGGGGUUUCUCAAAUACUUAGUGGUUCUUGAACUGGUUGCUUGCUUGCUUGUAUAUCUUAUUCUCAUAUAGGUAUGUUUGAAAGUGUAUCAAUGGUUGCUUUGUCAAUGAAGCUUGUGUUGGGUCCUUAUGAUACAUUUGUUCAAGUAGUACAGUUACCGUAAAUGCUUAGUCCAAGGACAUGCGACUUUAGAUGAUGGUUGGAGUAUAGAUAGGGUCAUUUGCUGUAGUCCAUAGAGAGGUCACACAGGUGGUACGUGGCAAAUUUCGUUUUAUGUUAGGGAUUUGGACCUCAAUUGCCACUUUUUUUUUAGUCUUUUACCUUGGUGAAAAGAGUAUUUGAUGUAUCGCGUAUUCGCGUGUAACUAGCAACUUUUGUAUGUGUCUUCUUUACGUUAAAUGGUGUUUUAAAAAAUUAUAUAGUUUUUAUGAGUUAA